CGAACCGAUCCCAUUGAUUGAACAAACUCACGUCGUUCGUUCUUCCGCCCAAAUCUCAUGAUAUCUUCGAAUUUUCGUAGCGAAACCAGAGAUUCUAUAAUGUCGAUCGAGAACUCCCUGUCUCGAGAUUCAAUGGUUUACCUUGAUUACUGGAAAGAUCUUUUCUGAAUUUUUUUCAUCGAGGAGAAGAACGUUAAGGAGGAAGAAGAGAUUAUUUGCACUAGGAAGGUGAAGGAACUGUAGCCGAGACUCUGUUUUGCAAUGUGCAAGGUGAUGGAUUAGAAUAAUCUGCUUACAGCUAGGAAUCAGAGUUUCGAAAUGAUGAUUUCUGGAAGCUUCUCUUUUGGUCGAAGACGCGACUAUGGGACUUAAUUUCGCAGUGCCGAUUUUGCUGGAGUAAUCAAAAUGCGGUUUUGGAGGGAACGUGGCAGGGAAAAUAAGGAACAUAUGGUAGCGCCAUUAUGCGGCCAAAUUCGAGUAUUGGUGGUUGGUGAUUCAGGUGUGGGAAAAUCAUCUCUUGUGCAUCUCAUUGUCAAAGGCUCCUCUAUUGUUCGCCCAUCUCAAACUAUUGGAUGUACAGUUGGUGUCAAGCACUUAACUUACGCAAGUCCUGCUAGUUCUUCAAGUAUCAUUAAAGGUGACUCAGAGAGAGAUUUCUUCGUCGAACUUUGGGAUGUUUCAGGUCAUGAACGAUACAAAGAUUGCCGCUCACUGUUCUAUUCACAAAUCAAUGGAGUUAUUUUUGUUCAUGAUCUUUCGCAAAGGACUACAAAAACUAAUUUGCAGAAAUGGGCGGGUGAAGUUUCAGUAACUGGGGAGUUUUCAGCUCCCCUUUCUUCUGGUGGGCCUGGUGGUCUUCCCGUCCCAUACAUCGUUAUUGGAAACAAAGCUGAUAUUGCUGCCAAAGGAGGAACAAAUGGAAGCAGUGGCAAUCUUGUUGAUGCAGCUCGUCAUUGGGUUGAGAAGCAGGGUCUGCUUCCCCAUAGUGAUGAACUUCCUCUCUCUGAGAGCUUCCCUAGCAAUGUUGGUCUCAUAAUGGCUGCCAAGGAAGCUAGAUAUGACAAAGAAGCUCUGACCAAAAUUUUCCAUAUGUUGAUAAGAAGAAGAUAUUUCUCAGACGAACUACCGUCGCCUUCUUCAGCAUGGUCUCUUUCCCAUGCACCUUCCCAGCGGUUAGAUGAGGGCACAAGUGAUGAAGAUCAGUUCUAUAAAAGAACAAGCCUAAGGGAAGGAGAUGCUUACAAAUAUAACACAUUACCGCAACACAAUCUCAUGCAGUCUCCUACACUCUAUCCGCAGCAACCACCUGACCGUUACAAUUACGCUAUUCCGAGAUUCUCUCUUUCCAGUGUAGAGGAAACCAGCAAUGGUAAUGGCAGGUCUAAGCGGAUGGAUAUUAACGUCUGAAAGUAAAACACAGAUCAAAUCUCACAUUAUUUUCCUGUAAUCUUCCAAACAUUAUCUUCUUUUAUUUUUUUUUUUUUUUUUUUUUUUAAGUUGGUAAGUAUAAGCUUGAUCAGUUAGAAUUUAGAAUC